AGAUAUACUGAUUCCUCAUUCAAUGGACGUCAUUUAGUGCAGUCUGCCUUGAGUUGCUUCCUCGCUUCACGCUCGAUUUCCGACCAUUCUUCCCUUAUUAAGUAUUCGUGUAAUAUUAAUAAUCAUGAAUAUCUACUAUUAGGAGUGCAUGGGAAGAGACAGUAUGUGCUAACAUGAGCUCAAGCGAGGGAACAGCUCACUGACAGAGCCGGGAGACGCCAAAGGGAUCUAAGAAACUUUAGAGAAAAACUGUGCAUUUAAAGAGCACAUGAAGAAGAGUGGGAAUUUACCCAGAUUCUGAUGGAUUAUCGCUUUAUGUGAACGCCGGUCACCGCUACUUUGUCCUGCAUUUGUUAUUGGCUUGAUUUCAUUUGCGCGUUCUUUUUCGUUUCGUCCCUUUGAAAUUCUUGGCCAAAAAUCCUCGGAAAUCUUCGCAGAUGUUAGUGCACAGUUUUUCCGCGAUGGAUCGCCAUGACGGGACCAGCAACGGCACUGCCCGGUUACCUCAGCUGGGCAGCGUGGGUCAGUCUCCGUACGGCAGCGCUCCUCCGCUCUCUCACACGCCCAACUCAGACUUCCAGCCGCCAUACUUUCCACCACCCUACCAGCCCAUUUACCCGCAGUCUCAGGACCCUUACUCUCACGUUAACGACCCGUACUCCAUAAACUCUCUGCACGCCCAGCCGCAACCGCAGCACCCGGGCUGGCCCGGCCAGCGGCAGAGUCAGGAGAGCAGCCUGCUGCACCAGCACCGCGGGCUUCCGCAUCAGCUGUGCCGAGAGUACCGCAGAGAAGUGCUGCUGCCGUCGGGUCACGGCAUCGAUACCGGACUCACGGAUUCAAUCCCUAUCCAUGGAAUACCUCACUCUUUAGAAGAUGUUCAGCAUGUUGAAGAUCAAGGAAUUCACAUCCCAGACCAAACAGUCAUCAAGAAAGGUCCCGUUUCCAUAUCCAAGAACAGCAAUGUCUCUGCCAUACCGAUUAAUAAGGACGGACUUUUUGGCGGUGUGGUAAACCCAAAUGAAGUGUUCUGUUCGGUUCCGGGUCGUCUGUCUCUUCUCAGCUCAACAUCAAAGUACAAAGUCACAGUAGCGGAGGUACAGAGACGCCUCUCUCCGCCCGAGUGCCUGAACGCCUCUCUGCUCGGCGGGGUCUUGAGGAGGGCUAAAUCUAAGAACGGCGGAAGAUCCUUACGAGAGAAAUUGGAUAAAAUCGGUUUAAAUCUACCAGCAGGAAGACGCAAGGCCGCCAAUGUUACCCUUCUGACGUCACUGGUGGAAGGUGAAGCUGUGCAUCUGGCCAGAGAUUUUGGUUAUGUAUGCGAGACUGAGUUUCCAGCCAAGGCGGUAGCUGAAUAUGUGAACCGACAGCAUUCCGACCCAAAUGAACAAGUCCAAAGAAAAAACAUGUUAUUGGCUUCAAAACAAAUCUGCAAAGAGUUCACGGACCUGCUCUCGCAAGACCGCUCACCCUUGGGGAAUUCACGUCCACAGCCCAUUCUGGAGCCCGGGAUUCAGAGCUGUUUGACCCACUUCAGUCUUAUUUCGCACGGAUUCGGGACUCCAGCCAUGUGCGCGGCCCUCACGGCGCUGCAGAACUAUCUGACGGAGGCCAUUAAAGCCAUGGACAAAAUGUACCUGAACAACAACCCCAACAACCACAACGAGACGGGCUCGAAAGCAGGAGAUAAAGAUGAGAAACACAGAAAGUGAUGUCCACCCACCACAUCCCAAUUUCAUUAUGACAAAACACACUAGUGAUCAAGAUUGACGCGCCACCUCCUGAUCUUGACAUUUUGAAACACUUCUGAUUUUUUUUCACCCCCCCCCCCCCCCCCCUUUUAAAUAAAAUAAAAAACACAAUUGACCUUGGAAAUCGUGGAAAAGGCAUUUCACUAAAUCAAAAUAAAAGCAGAGUCUCAAUAAGAGGAGUACAGAUCUGCCACAGCAGAACUUUUUAUGAACUCCCUUUUUUAUGAGUUCAACGGACUGAAAUCCAGCGAUUUCUCUUCAAUUUCUCCAUUUACGAUUGUAGCCAUGUGACAACAAGAAGCUGAAAGAGGAUGAUUUUCUAUCAGUAUUGUGAAUAAUAAACUUGAAAAAAGAAAACAACAACAAAAAAUCUACAGUUUCAUGCCAUGACUUCAAGUUAUUGACUUAUCACUCCGAGCGACCAACUUGAACUUUGAAUUUCAACACGAUUCGCGGUUAUAAGAGGGAAUCUGUGUUCAUGUAUGUAUAUAUUUAUUUAUGUGUAAUUUAAUGGGAAUUGUAAAUAUGGUACGUCUGUUCAAACUUCUUUUUUUAUUUAUCUGGUACCUCCUGUUUUAGUGGGUUUGAAUAUUCGCUUAGUUCUUCAUGUGGUUUUAUGGUUCUUAGAAAACAGAAGUUUGGGGUAUUCUUCUCUGGGAUAUUUCAGUUCAGCCCUCUUGUAGCAUGUUGAGGCGACAUUGAAGCAAGUGAACAAAUUGAAAAGAAAUAAACAUCCAUUUCUCUAUAUAUUAUCCUUAUGCCAUUCAGUUUAAAUCGAAAACUGUCAUUACGGAGACCCUUACGAUGCUAGUUUUGUGUUUCUAUCUUCUUGUUUUUAUACCAGAUUUUUAUGUGUUGUGCCAAUCACCUCUUGUUAUUCUCUCAAGCACCACAAGAGCAAUAAAUGGAUAUUGUCUUAUGAAUUAUUUCCUUUUUUCUUUUGAAUAAAUUCACAACAUUUGGGACCACCUGAUAUCUUGUAUGUCCACUGUCUAAAUUGGAGGCGGUUUAAUCUGUAUUGCAUAAACCUGUGCUGGCAAUAGCUCCCAUGCCUGUCAAUGUAUUAUAGUUCUUUGUUGCCCAGAAAAAAAUAAAUAUUUGAUACACUUCA